CUUAAGCAAAUCAGUGUUAAAAAAUUCCCAAAACAUUACUGGCACAUCCUUUAGUUUCAUUGAUCAUCCGAAUAUUAUCACCUACAAUAAAUAGCAAUCCGAUGCCGACAAGCAAGCAUUUAUCCACCACUCUCUUGCUAUUCUUGUUCAUUGCAGCCAUGGCCGGUCUCCAGUCCGACGCCCACAAACCCGAGGAUUCGGCGAUCUACAUUGUUUACACCAGUCCUAAAGAGGGUGACGAAAGUCACGAAGCUUUUCACAUCAACAUCCUCAAAGAAGCCUUUGGCGGAGACGAAUCUUCAGCGAAAGAGAAGAUUUUGUACCAUUACACGACGGCAGCGCACGGGUUUUCUGCCAAGCUGACUCCUGCCCAGGCUGACUUUCUUUCCAAACGUCCUCAUGUUGUUCAAGUUGUCCCAGAACAAACAGUACCGUUACAUACGAAUCCGACCCACCACAGGCAUACAUAGAUGGCACCAGACAACAAGGAUGACAGCAUUAUAAUAUUCAUACCAGUGCAUCUGCUGUUUUGUAUGCACGGACUCCUCCCACUUAACUUUUGAAGUAUUAUAAACUUCAGAUGAUAUAAUGUCACGGAUGUUUUUUCUUUUUUAUACUACGUAUUGACACAAAUAUAUAUAAUGUGUAUCCAUUUUAUAGACAAUACAUGGCUGUGUGAAAUACAAAUAGUGUGAUAUUUGGUAGGUUAGCAUAAUGGUCGCAUUUUACCUACACCCGCAUUCCCCGAAUAUUUUUAGGCAGUUAAUUGGUUGAUAUAG